AUGGCCCAAGCCUCGCUGCUAUAUAGCGCGCUGACGCUCCUUAACAGACAAUUCGCCUCUAAAGACCUCAAGACUGUUGGAAACUAUACUCUAGGCAAGCUCAUUGGAAAAGGCUCCUUUGGCAAGGUCUAUCUUGCCCGACAUAACCUCACCAAUGGCUCAAAGGUCGUACUCAAGGCCUCGAACAAGGAGGACUCAAAUCUUGCCAGAGAAAUCCAUCACCAUCGACAAUUCGUCCAUCCCCAUAUCGCGCGACUAUACGAGGUUAUAAUAACGGAAACGCUGGUCUGGCUCGUGUUGGAAUACUGUCCUGGUGACGAACUGUACAAUUACUUAUGCAGAAAUGGUCCUCUCCCCGUCGAAAGUGUACAAAAGAUCUUCACCCAACUCGUCGGAGCUGUUGCAUAUAUCCACAGCAAGUCUUGCGUACAUCGUGAUCUGAAAUUGGAAAAUGUACUUCUCGACAAGCACGAUAAUGUGAAGUUGUGCGAUUUUGGCUUUACCAGGGAAUACGAGGGAAAAGCAAGUUAUCUGCAAACCUUUUGCGGCACGGUGUGUUACAGCGCGCCUGAAAUGCUCAGAGGUGAGAAGUAUGCGGGCGAGAAGGUCGACGUUUGGAGUCUGGGUAUUAUCCUAUACGCCUUGCUGAAAGGGGAGUUGCCUUUCGAUGAAGACGACGACGCGGCAACCAAAGCCAAGAUCUUGAAGGAAGAUCCCGUCUAUCCCGACACGUUCCCCGAGUCCUCCAAGUCACUGAUCUCAAGGCUGCUUUCCAAACGCCCUUUGCACCGACCGACCCUGGCAGAUGUACUGGCAGACCCCUUCUUGGCCGACCAUGCACCUCAGCAGCAAGCCAUCUUGAAACUUUCGCAACCGGCCCCUUUUACCACACAGUUGGAGAAGGACACUCUUGAACGAAUGAAAGCUGCGGGGGUGGAUAUUGAUAAAGUCAUUGAAAAUGUGCUGGCGCAACGGUGCGAUUCAUUGGCUGGAUGGUGGACGCUUCUUAUUCAGAAGGAAACCAGGAAGCAGAUCAGGAAGGAGCAGAGACGGAAAGAAAGAGAGGCGGACUUGAAAAUACUCAGACGUCUCAGUGGUGCGAGCAGUCGAUUGGAGCGAAUUGCGCCCACGUUGGUGGAGGUCGACGAAGAAGGGAAUCACAGUGAGACUACCGAGAGGCGCCGGAGCAGUAGUCGUGGCAGGACGCAGCGACGGAGCACUCCUCAAAUCGUGGUGGGCGAUUUACCACGACUUCCAGAAGGAGAUGUGGUGCCAUCAGCUGGUACGGCGACACCUCCGCCACCUAUCGACAAGGACUCGGUUCGGUCACAGAGUGGUUCCCGGCCCCCUCUACCGCCCAAAGAACGAAGUCGGCGAAGCAGUACUCUGCAGCUGGUCACCACAAAUCCGGACCUGCUUGGCUCACUGAACGGAGUCAGCAAGAGACGCGGCGGCAAGCUUCACAACAGGCGAUUUCUCACGGCACUGAAGCAUUGGUUUGCCGAAUCCACGAAACGAGCCAAGUCUCCCACAACCCCCAAAAACGACAAGGCUGUCAACGGUCACCUGGGCAGCAAUCAGACUGCCUUCAGGUCAGCCAAUGGUCUCUCCGCAGAUCAAAAGAACAGAUUUGUUAUCGGUACCGUCCAUUCCAGACGAUCUUCCCACGGUUCUGCCUUGACACCGGUCAUGUCCAACUCCAAUGCCGUCAGUUCGGCGACACCAAACCUCCUACAGCGCAUCGAUUCCAGCGGUCGCGGACAACUACCUCGGAACUCUACAUCGCCAGCCCCUCUUACUCCUCGGUCAUCAUACCGCCGCAGCUCGACGGGACUUCGUGGACGGAAAUCAACGUCUUCGUCCGUCUCGUCUAUUCGAAGUAUGCCUCGGCAGACCUCUCACCACAGCAAAGCCUCAUCUCAGAGCUCCAACAGUCUCGACACCAUCCACAGCACUCCUGGACCCGGACCUAGAACCAGUAGCGCCCGCUCUCCACGUUCCUCGAUCAAAGUCCUUCCCGCAACACCCACAGUCAACACCAUGCCUUCGACUUAUCGCUUAGCGACAGUUGCACCUCGUGGCUUGGAGGCUUCGGCACAAAACAGACCAGUCCUUGGCGCGCUUCCUGGAACGAGUGAUGGAAGUGCCAGCGGCCUUGGCUCGGGGCCUGCCACACCGCAAGCCAGCACGUUCGGGUCGGGAGUUAUGUUCGCGCGGCGGAAGAAGUCUCCGUUCAAAGGACCAAUGCUGAAUUCCUCUUUCUUUUCCGCCUCCACUUUGCCCGCCGCGCUCGGCAGCCCAGCCAUCGUGGCCGGUAGGAACAGAGAAGGGUCGGCUGGCAAGAUGAAUCUAGGCUUAAAAGACCUUGUGGGUAGGACGGGCAGUGGUGGUGUCGGCGGAGUCGGUGGCGGUGCCGGCGCCGGGAAACGGAAGAGCCAAAUCAUCGAGGAAGAGGAGGAAGAGGAGGAAGAUGAUGACGCAGUUGCUGCUAACAAUCCUCGUCGUCAUGUCAGCAACGGCACUGGCGGUGACGGUCUUCUUGAAGGGGAAGACGAGGACGAAGAGGAGGAAGUCGAAGAAGUCGAAGCGUUCAACGCGAUCGAGUUGAACAAAGGCGAGCGUGUGGAAAGCAUUACGAUCUGGGAUGACGCCGUGGAAGAAGGCGAAGAGGGCGAACAGGAGGAGGAAACCUACCUCGAGACUGGACAGCAUCGUGAGGUUGUCGGAAAGGGGUAA